AUGGCGCGGUACGAUAGGGCCAUCACGGUCUUCAGUCCGGACGGCCACUUGUUCCAGGUAGAAUAUGCGCUCGAGGCGGUGAAGAAGGGCACGCUCGCGAUCGGUGUGAAGGGCAGGGACGCGGUGGUGCUGGGGGUGGAGAAGAAGAGCACCGCGCAGCUGCAGGACGCGCGCACGGUCCGGAAGAUCCUCAUGCUCGACGACCACAUCGUCCUGACGUUCGCCGGGCUCACGGCCGACGCGCGAGUCCUCAUCAACAAGGCGCGAAUCGAGGCGCAAAGCUUCAGGCUGACGCUCGACGAGAAGAUGGACAUCGAGAACAUGACGAAGUACAUCGCGGGCAUCCAGCAGCGGUACACGCAGUCGGGAGGCCGAAGACCGUUUGGCAUAUCAACGCUGCUCGCGGGCUUCGACCCGAGCGGGCGGCCCUGCUUGUUCCAGACCGAUCCCUCGGGGAACUACGCGGAGUGGAAGGCAGUGGCGAUCGGGCGGAACAGCAAGACCACGCGGGAGUUCCUGGAGAAGAACUACGAAGAAUCAGAGGGAGAGGGCACGAUCAAGCUGGUGGUCAAGACGCUGAUGGAGACGCUGGAGGCGUCGGGGAAGACGGUGGAGGUGGCCAUCGUGGGCCGGGAGGGCAAGCUGCAGAUGCUGCCGGAGGAGGAGGUCGACCGCUUCGUGAAGAUGAUUGAGGAGGAGAAGGCCGCGGCGGAGGCCGCGAAGAAGCGCGGCGGCAGCUCCGCCGCCCAGGGCGGGGCCUCCUGA